AGCCGGAGUAAAAGAAAACCUAGAAAAUCAAAACAAAAAUUUCGUCUCCGGAUUUUGUUCCUGUCGGGCUGAUCGCGAGUGAAUUUCAGCUGGAAUUAAAGUGAUAACGGUGAAAAUAACGUGUGUUUUGGUGAUUAAAGAUGCAACGAAACUUGACGCAAUCGAAAGAAGCAUUACUGAAAUCGUAUAACACUCGUUUGAAGGAUGAUGUCCGCAGUAUGUUGGAGAACUUUGAAGAGAUUGUGCGACUUGCCAAGGGUGAGAAUGAAACCCAGCUCUCCAAAAUGACCCAAUGCGAACAGGAUACCUACGAGAUGCAGGUCCGAGCAUCGAACAUCGUACGCGCGGGGGAAUCGCUCAUGAAGCUCGUAUCCGACAUCAAACAGUAUUUGAUUCUGAAUGACUUCCACUCGGUCAACGAAGCCAUCUGCAGUAGCUCCCAGCUGUACCGGAGCACGCAGCUGGAUCGCGAUAACAAACUGAUGGCGGUGCGGGAUGACAUGGCCGCAGAUCUGUACGAUCUGGAGGAAGAAUACUAUACGAGCAUGUACAAAUAGAUGUGGGUGGACUCUUGGGUGAAUUGUAUUUAAAAGUUAAGAUCUUGGAAAAA